CUCCACGAGACCCUCUGCCUGAUCACUGAGCCACAAUGACUCGCCUGCUACACUUCCUCUUGACCCUCUCCUUCUUUACUUGGGAGUCCAGUGGAGAGAUUGUCCUGACCCAAACACCAACAGAGAAGUUUGUAUUGCCCGGAGAAAGUGUCACCCUUCAGUGUCAGACCAGCAGCGCCAUUGGAUUUCAGAAUGUCUGGAGGGACACGCAGUACAGCCUGGCCUGGUACCAUCAGAGGGCUGGUGAGGCUCCUAAACUCCUAAUUCACUUGGCCACCUCCCGCAGAUCUGGGGUUUCCGGUCGCUUUAGUGGGAGCGGAGCAGGUACAAGCUUUUCACUCACCAUCAACGCCAUUCAGCCUGAAGAUGCCGGACAUUACUAUUGUCAGCAGUACAGGGAGACUCCGUACACUUUCGGCGGUGGAACCAAGUUGACAGUGGGCUUGAAAAAUAAUGUGAAGCCUACAGUAUCCGUGUUUCCUCCCUCUAAGGAUGAACUUGAGGGCAACAAGAAGGCCACUCUGGCAUGUCUGGUAAACAAGUUCUACCCGGAAGAUGUAAAGGUGGAAUGGUUCAACGGUGACAGCCUGAUCUCUAGUGAUGUCAAGACAAGUGACACCUUACUGGAAACGGAUGGAACCUUCAGCUUGAGCAGCACCGUCACCCUGACAGCCGACCAGUGGAACUCCAAAAGCACUUUCUACUGCAAAGUUACACAUGUCACUCUGACUCCAUCACAGAAAUGGCCUGUGUCAAGUGCAGAUUGUAGUGUUUAAAUUAAAUAGCCACUAGGAAAAAAAACAAAUGAAACACUUCUGCUUCUGAUUGUUAACGAAUGAUUAAGGGCUGUAGCUUUUCUUGUAGUAGUUUAAUAAUCGUAGGUUACAGCCUGGUCUGUUGCUUUGUUUCUGUUGUAAUUUGUGUCUGUAUGGUGCAUUGUCAUGUGUUCAAGCUGCACUUAAAAGAGCAAGUUUAAUAAAUGUAUUGAUCAAUCAUGAA